AUGUUCCCAACUUCAAACCACAGUUCUGUUACUGAAUUUAUCCUGGUUGGCUUCUCUAGUGACCCUACCUCAAAUAGGAUCCUUUUCAUCAUCUUCCUCCUUCUCUACCUCUGCUCAGUCCUUGGCAAUGGACUCAUCAUCAUUCUGAUCUGCCUGGAUUCUCAUCUCCACACCCCUAUGUACUUUUUCCUCAGCAUGCUCUCCUUACUGGACAUGGGCUAUAUCACUACUACAGUGCCUCAGAUGUUGGUACACCUGCUUUCCAGAUCUAAGCUCAUCUCCUUUGCAGGUUGCUGGCUGCAGAUGUAUGUAUUUGGGGCUCUUGGUCUCACUGAGGCCAUCUUAUUUGUGGUCAUGGCCUAUGACCGUUAUGUAGCCAUCUGCUUCCCACUGCGCUAUAUGCUCAUUCUCAACUGGAACCUGUGCGUGCGGUUGUUGGCAGGCACCUGGGCUUCUGGUUUCUUCUUCUCCCUAGUUCAUACUUUUUUUACUAUGAGGCUUCCCUUCUGUGGUCCUAAUAUUGUGAAUCACUACCUUUGUGAGGGUCCCUCUGUCCGGAGCCUGGCCUGCAUGGACACACACCUUAUUGAGAUGGUAGACUUUGUCAUGAGCAUCUUUAUGGUGUUAGGUCCCGUGACACUCAUCCUGGCCUCCUAUGUUCGCAUCACUAUGGCCAUCCUUAAGAUCAAAUCCACCCAAGGAAGGUAUAAGGCUUUCUCCACUUGUGCUUCACAUCUAAUCGUGGUCAUUCUGUUCUAUGCACCUGGCAUAUACAUAUAUAUGAGGCCCAAUUCCAGCUACUCCCCAGAAAGAGACAAACAGAUCUCACUUUUCUAUAACGUGUUCACUGCUCUGCUCAAUCCUGUGGUCUACAGCCUUAGGAAUAAGGACAUAAAGGCAGCAUUCAUCAAAGUAAUUAUGCAAAACAGAGUAAGCUGA